GACCUACGUGCGGCACAGCAAUGUCAAAUAACUUGGCAGGGACUACAUGAAGUGUUGAAAAAAGAGGCGCGGACGUAAAACGGAUGGAAAUAGAACCUGACAUACAUUUGACAGUUCAAAACAUAACCUAUACCCAUGUAGAAUCGGGGGCCCCACAAUGACCACAAGAAUCCACUACUGCUGCGUCCCUGAAUGCGGCCGCAACUCUUACUCCCACCCCCACCUCCACUUUCACCUGUUUCCCCAAGACGGAAAAUCCUACGUCUACGUGACCAACGAAAAGGGAAUCGAAAACAAAAUGGAACGAAAAAGGGUCUGGGAACUAAUCCUCUUAAUGAAAAAAGCCCACAGCCGCACUGACAGAGUGUGCUCCAAACAUUUCCAAGCCUCAGACUACUACAAAGGUGACAAACUUUCCCCAAUCGCCAUUCCCACGAUGGAUCUGCCGCAGCGAAACCCAACGAAGGACAUGUGUAUGGUGGAAUUCUGCCACCACCUCAGCGUAGAACACCCAUACAAGCGUUUCUUCACCCUGAACCGGCCAUCUUCAGAUUCGCAGGCUAACCGGUGGAACAUGUGGAGGAAGGUUAUGUGGAACAACGAGGCGGAUGCUCCAAAGAUGUGGGUGCCACUGACGGUGUGCGCUGACCACUUUAUAGGGGGGGAGCCCUCGAAUCAUCCCACUAGCAUAGAUUUUAUUCCAUCACGUAACCUGCCAAGGUACGAAAUUGAAGAAGUUAAUGUCAAUGAGAGCUUUUCGGUUAUGUGGGAUACGACGAAUCAGGACCCUCUCGAGCUCCCGGAGCCAGAAUUCAUUGCAGUAGAUGGGGGGCUGGAAGAUGAAAUUAAAAUAGAAAUAGAUGAGAUAGAAUUAGAAGACACAAGUGAGCAUGAAGAUCAUUGUUAUUGUUAAUUUGUAUGUGUUUUUUUUUAAUAAAGACUGAAUUACUGAA